GAAGACAUCAUGUUAGUCAGCAUUUAUUCAAAGAUUCUACAUUCAGACAACCUUCAAAUGCAAACAGAUUGUCUCUAAUGCUUCUGUGUCCUUUGCCUAAUAACAGCUGGCUAGAAAACAAGAGCAAGUUUAAACCUAUCUACUGUACAUACAACACACAAUGGUGGCCAACACUGAGUGGAUCCUGGGGUGUGUAUCCAGGUAACGAUGAGGUGUCUGCAGGCUGAAGCUUGUAACACAGGAACACACCCUCUCUGCUCUUCUACCCAGCACAUUCUUUACAGAAACAAACUGCAGAGACACUGCACCAAGAGACCUCGGAAAUGGCAGAAAGAGAGGCAUUAUCUGUUGGUAAUGGACAGGCGUCAGAGGCUCAGUCAGCACAGAGUGGUCUGGCGCCGCCCUCUGCAGACAGCCACGGUGUACUGCGGGACGGCCCGAGCUUCACCCCACUGGGCCCCAGCGGUGACGGGGUUGUUCAGCCGUUCCCACGUUCUCCAAAACUACAGAGGAAGAUAGCCAAAGCUGCACAGCUCUCUGAGGAGCAGCUAUCCAGACGUGUGGAGGAGCUGAAGGCUGAGAGAUCCAAGACUGAGGCUCACAUCCAGUCUCUGAAGAAACGCAAGGCAGAUCUGUGUAGGAGCACAGAGGUGAUGAAGCAGCAGGCUCGAGAGCGCUUCGAGAACAUGCGAUGUGUCCUGAAACAUGACGAGCAGGCUGUCAUCGACUCCCUGGAGCUGGACCUGAAACGGACCAGGACCAAACUGGACCAGGUUCUUAGGGACUGGAAAAAACACCAGGACCAGGUCACUAAGAGCAUCAGCAGCAUCCAGAGAGCGCUGAGCAAGAGCCCAGCGACUGAGCACGACGCGAAGGCCCAAUCUGUGAAUCUGAGCUCUAAGAAGCCCGAGGCCUCUGAGAAGGAAAUCCGACUGGAUGAGGAGAGAUUUGAAAAGCUCCUUAAAAGUUUAUCCUCCCUCUGCAAACUACUGAAAGCUCAGCUACAGAGGAAGACUCUUCUGUUAGAUUCAUCCCCCAUGGUGAUUGACAGGCAGACGUGCCAUAGCCAGGUGACGGUGACCCCAGAGGGGCGGAGCAUGUCCUUCUCAGGCUCUGCCCAUUCAGCCCCGGAGCAUCCCCUUCAGUUUGAUAAGGUCUGCUGCGCCCUGGGCUUGGCUCCUGUCACAGCCGCUCAGAGUUACUGGGAGGUCAACGUCCGCUGCUCCUCUGCCUGGGCUGUGGGCGUGGCUUACGCCAGCCUGGUGAGGAAGGGCCGAGACAAGGGUGCCAAAUUGGGCCGCAACAGGAACUCGUGGUGCGUGGAGCUUCGUAACGGCCAUCUUUCUGCUUGGCACAACGACCGGCGUAUGGCGUGCCAGGGCGGGCAAACGCCGCUGGGAAAGGUCGGAGUGUGGGUGAAUUAUGACAAGGGCCAGCUGAUGUUCUACGACGCGGACACCAUGGUUGUCCUGCAGAGGUUCUCUGCAGCCGUGACGCCGGUAUUUGACAGGGCUCAUCAACAUUUCACCGAGCCCCUGUACCCCGCUAUACGCUUCCUGAGACCCCCAGAGAAGCAGAUAUGGCCCAAUCACGUGGAACUCUGUCACCUCAACACUCUGUGAUACUGCAGGCACACACCACAGACAGGCAUGUGCACUCUAUCUGAAUGUCUUGAGCUAGGAUGGGGCAGAACCACCGCUGUAUAGGAAAGGGGUGCGCUGGAUUUAUAACGAGACAAAACCAGAGCAUCACUGCAAAACAGAAUGCAGCACUAUAAUUGUUUGAUCUCCAUUAUCCUGCUUUCACAAUUGUUGGAAGCCUAAAUAAAAUUUGAUAAAUUGCAUAGC